UGAGAGCUAGCACCAUGAGUUUAAGGUGGAAGAUGCACCAGCUUCCUGUGUCUAUGCCCCCAGAAAGGGGAGGAGGCUGCCUUUUCCGUCUGCGAUUUACCACGUUUGCUGUUGGCACUGUCUGUUGCCCGCUCAUUGGAUUCAUUUUCUGCGUCAUCUGGUCAUUACUUUUCAACUUUCAAGAAACUACAGCUACACAUUGUGGAGUCCCUAAUUACCUGCCCUCUAUCAGUGCAGCCAUUGGCGGAGAGACCCCGCAGAGAUACGUCUGGCGAUUCUGUAUCGGAAUCCACUCCGCCCCCCGCCUUCUGGUGGCCGUUGCUUACCUGAACUAUUACCAGGGGAUUCAUCCAACCCGUCCCCGUCGCUGCUUUUUCAAUUUCCUAUUCAAUGUCUUGGAGAACAUCUGCCUCCUUCUGCUGACCUUUGUGUCAUCCACUGAAAACCACGGGAUCCACAAGAUUGCCUUUUCCUUGUUCAUGUUCUUCUCGCUGAGCUACAUGUUCAUGACCGUUUCUAUCUGGAAGAAGUCCCGGAGACACUUCAGUUCUGAGGAGCGGAGAUCUUACUCCUGGAAGUACCGUCUGGCCAUCUUCAAUUUGGUGACGUUCGUGUUAGCGCUUGUAGCGUUUUAUUUGCACAACGAACACUGUGAGCCAGGAGUCUACACCAUCUUCUCCUUCCUGGAAUAUUUGGUUGUCUUCUCGAACAUGGCCUUCCACAUGACGGCAUGGUGGGAUUUUGAAAAUAAAGAACUAGUCGUGCUCUCUCCUGAGGAGGAUAAGCGGAUAUGAACAGCGAGCGUUUGAAUUCUUUUCUUUUUUUUUUUGUGAAGAAUGCAACAAAAGAACAUCUAUCCACUUCAUCAGAUUUGGUCUGCAAGAUGUGGAGAUCUCAGCUGGCCAAAGGACAAUCACAUACUUUUUAACUAGACUUUUGUUGACUAAAUUCUGGGUGAAGUUCACAGACCACAUGGUACCAUUUACACGCAUGGUGGACUUUACCUACAUAUCUAGUGUUUUACAUUUUUACUGGAAUGACGUUGCUGUAAGAAGGGGAUAGCUGUGAAUGGAGGGCCUGUGUGUUCGCUUACUGCGGAAUUAUAUAUUUCAAUUUAUUUUUGUAUUGAGUAAGACUGUUCUCGGCUCUCAUGCAAAGUAAUAGGUGUGUACCCUAGAAGGGUGGUGAGUAUCUGUUUACAUAUUUAAAUCUGCAGAGCAGUUUUUGACGAUCAUCAGACUGCAUUUACCAUGGGGAUAACAGAAUUUCUCCAGCUCAAUAAUGACGAGUGCUAUUCUGAAGAAAAAAUAUUAACCGGACCAAAACUGGAUGACCUUGAGACAUUUUAUAUGUGCCCCAUAACCUAAUGCCUCUUACCCAAUCCAGCACAUCCUGUAAUCUGCACUUUAUUUAAUAGUAUUAUUUUAUCGGUGGGGAGACUGGGAUCGAAGUCCAUAAGUUACAGGAGAGGCUUUUUUCUCUCUCCGAUCUUUAAUAGCUUCCCUUUUUUAUUGUUUUGGGUGGGUUUUACCGUGUUUUUAAUUUGUUUUUUAAUCAGAUCGCAUUAUUUGGACCAGUCACGUGGAAAGCAGCACCCAGUAAUCACUGUUUUAGAUCAAAGAUCAGGAAAGGGAUAUAAUCUACAUAUUGUGCAGUUUUGGACUGACCAAUCGGUUAUUGAUUUGCUGUAUACAAACUUUUUGUAUUCUAUAAGGGCUAGGCAGCUGUUCUCCCAUCAUCUCCUGCUCUGGGUGUUGUAGCCUGUGGUUUUGCGAAUAGCUGGUGUCCAGGUGUUCUAUAACCAGAUGAAUAUUUAGGGUUUGCUCGUAUCUUGGUAUGUUUUACAAUACCUGCUACAACUGCUUAUCUGAUGGAGUUAUUAUGAUUGUCCGUUCUUACCUUUUUUAAUUUAUUAUAUUUUAAAACUUUUCUCCUUUGUCUCUCUUAGAAUUCAUUGAAUCAAAUCAAGCAAAUACCGUGUUUAUUUGCCACUAAAUAUAUUCAUAAUGUGAUCUUAUAAAUCUGGGCACACUGUACCUUUAUAUCUUUCCUAUUAAAUAAAAACUGUUUUGAUUUACAA